AUGUCCAGCCCGCAUUCCGAGCCCGAAAAUGCCGCACCCCCUGCACCGCUAACGCCCGCUGCCGUUGGCCAUGGAAGCCCGACCCAUGCCCACGCCCGGGGGUCAGGAGUCGGCAACAAUAACCCUGAUAACCGCACCGCAGCCCCUCCACCCGCCACUGCUCCCUGCACGGGCACGACCAGGAGUGCGAGUACUGGCACGCAGCAGCAACCUCCACCGUCACAGUCGUCCCGGGCGGAUGAGUCGAUCGCCCAGCGACCAGCCAUCGCCAGCCCCGACGGCCACGACGUCGCUGUCACAACCAAGGCGGCCCUUUCGAGUCCCGCGCCCCCGGUCCCGGGAGCCGCCUCGUCCUCCGCGACACCACCCGUCGGCCUAAGCAGGGAUGCGACACAUGGCAGCGCCGACGACAUAAAUACCGUCAGCCCAGCAACUGCCGCCCCUGGCUCUGGGCCUCCGAGGCAAUCUGGCCCGUCGUUGCUGACGCAGGCGUUGGCAUCUGCCCGUGGCAUCCCCAAGACUCCCAACUCCGUCUCGACUUUGCCGUCCGACAGCAACGGUCGACAGCAACACCAAACGUAUUCAAAGGCGAAGCCCGACCCGCCCAGCUCCGUUGCCCACUCCCACCGGUCGCCCGUCAAGACAACCGCGCAAGCCUCGGACGUCAGGACGAGCCAUGGCGGCAUCUCUCCCGUGAAGCGAGGAGCACCGCUGUCUGGUGCCAUGGCCGCGUCCGUCACCAUCCCUAUCGCCACGUCCACCGCUGCGCCUCGGGACCCUGCUAGUGGUCCAUCGUCAUACAACCAUCACACCCUGAGCAACGCUAGAGAGGUGCUUAUGGAGCAUCGAAGUUUCCUCGAUAGAGCGAAGGGCCGUGCUUCAACUUCCCUCGAGCUUGACCGCACUGGCAGCGAGCUACUCAAGGCGCGCACCUUUUCCCAUUCGACCAGCCCAGACGAGUCAACCACGCCAACGACGACACAUUCACCGGGACCGGUAAAGCGUACCGCCUCGCAUGAUGUGAAUAACACACCGGGCGAUUCGCCUUUUCGCCCGAACCCAAUUCGGCACGCAUUCACCAUGGGUGCCGAGAAAAACGAAAAGGUCUGGUCCAUCGGAUCUGGCGAGGGCGAGGGCGAAGACGGCCUGGUGGAACAAUCCGUUGCAGAGGCCAUGGCUGGGGUAGAGCCCAACGCACGAAGUCGAAAGGCCAGUUACAGCUUGCGCUUCUUCAAAGAAGGCUUGCCUCCGGACGACAAGGCACGACGCAAGGAUCCUCGGACAGCUCUGCGCGAGAAGCUGUCGCCGACUCUCGAGGACCAGCCUCCGCGUGGGCGGCGGGAUUCACCUGGGGAGCUGCACACAACUCGGUCGAUGCCGCCGCCGAAGGGAGGUGAGACCCAGCCACGCCCGGCACACGAGACCGAUACCCAAGUCCGGGCCAUCUCAGACGAGAGGGACUAUUUCAGCGUCACAAAACGGACCGGCGACCGUGACGGGCCUUCCGAGGCCGCGCGCUUGCCAGAGUCGCAACCACAGGUCAACGAUCAAGCGACGCCGACGCCGCACGAGGCAGCGAAGCCUACACCGGCGGUGGAGGCCGAUCGACAGCCCAAGGUGGCGGUCAAGUCACCCGAUGCCUCUCAACCGGGCUCAGAACGCCCUGGCGGAUCCGACAUUGACGGGGAUGCAGAUGUUGAGGCGGAAGCGGAUGAGUCAGGCGAGGAGAAGAUCUCGUCGGCUGUCUUCUUACCCCAUCACGAGAUGCCAGAGGCUCGUAUCGUUAAGGGCGAAGGCAUAGGCGCGGCGCAUCCGCCCCGCCAAAGGUCACUGUCCCAGAGUAAGACACAUCCUUGGCUUGUCAAAGCCGACGAGCCCGAGCCCGAGCCCGAAAUCAGUGACAAAGAUGAUGAGCCUCCUCUUGACUUGUCCCGCGUGCGGUCCCGUGAAACGCCCGUAUCACGACCCGGUGAGCCGUACCCGAUGAAACCCGACGAUUCUGCCGUCGAAGACGACCUGGAGGUGAAGAACCACGCCGUCAUCCCCCACCAGCCGGCCCCCGUGAACCAGUACGAGGAUCAUGUCCAUGAGCAUCAGCAUCAGACCCGUGAACCCCUCGAGGCCAUCGAAUUGAUCCCCUACAAGCAUCAGGUCGGGGGGCAUACCACGAUUUGGCGAUUCUCUCGCCGAGCCGUGUGUAAACAGCUCAACAACAGGGAAAACGAAUUUUACGAGACGAUUGAGAGAUAUCAUCGCGAUCUGCUACCUUUCCUCCCUCGGUAUAUCGGCGUCCUCAAUGUGACAUUUCACAAGCAGCCUAGGAGGAAGAGCGUCGCGAAGAGGGAAGAGGCGGCCGCCGCGGAACGUAAGAGGCUCCAGGAGGUGGCGAAGAAGGGACUGGAAAAUGGUCGCGAUUCGACCACGGAGACAUCGGAGAAUGGGCACGCCGAUCGGGCUCCUGCACGUGUCAUCAGCCAGUCUCUCGCAAACGCCAAUAUCCAGAUUCCCACAGUGACCUUCGACGACAACAAACACAUCCUGCCUCGCAACCUACUGCAGCCAACGCCACCACCCGACGCUUUCCGCCGUCGCAGCAGCUCCGCGACCAAGAUGCAUCAAUCUGAUUCUUCGCUUCCGCGACACCGGCCUCAGAUGGAAGAGCGACCGAACAGUUGGGGUUACACGACAAUCAAUAAACGCCUACGGAAUGAGGUGUUCAACGAUGCUUUCUUGAAGCAGCCAGUCGAGGUCCAGAAGCAUCGCCGGCCUCACCAGCGGUCCAUCCCCCGGCCCACUCUGCAGAGGCUAUUGCGGCCGACAAUCUCUGAUCCGAAUCUUAACCAGGGGAUCGAGGUGCCCGGGCUUACCCACGAUGGCGCCCACAGCACGGACAGCUCCAGGGCCCAGACUUCACCGGAGACGCCUCCCCGGCUGAGGGCAGAAUCUGUCAGUGACCUGGGCCCCGACAUCGCCCUUCUUCGCCCAAAAGAGGACGACCGCGAGUCUGCAGUCAAGGAUAUCACCGGGACGAGCGCCCCUGAACCCGAGAUCCUCAAAGCCAGCCCGCUGGUGACCAAGAAGAAGCGCCGCUUUUCCGCGGGAGGUCUUCGUCGACGCCCUGAGGACGUGCGCGAAUCUAGAGGGCAUCUCAAGUACUUCGAAGAGGCUGAUGAUGCCGACUACAAGGCGCAUAACCAGCCUCUCGAUGUACUUGCGGCAGAGGCACCGUUGCAAAAUGGACGAGACGAAACACAGGCGAACGGCUCUCUUGAGCCAACGCCCACCCCUGCACCAGCGGACACUGCUGAGACCGGUUUGGACAUGUCGAGCCCGGCUACCGAAUUCACAAAGAUUCUGCGACCAGUGAACCCAAAGGAAGCCAAGAAGGAGGCCAAUUCUCAGCGAGAUCGAGUGGAGUACUUUCUACUCAUGGAAGACCUGACUGCAGGCAUGAAGCGCCCGUGUAUGAUGGACCUCAAGAUGGGCACGCGCCAGUACGGUGUCGAAGCCACACCCAAGAAGCAGAAGUCGCAGCAAGAAAAGUGCAGAGCCACCACAUCUGCCGAGCUAGGUGUACGCAUCUGCGGACUUCAAGUGUGGAACGUGCAGACACAGACGUACGAGUUCCAGGACAAGUACUUCGGACGUCGCCUCAAGGCGGGACAGGAGUUCCAGGAUGCGCUGCAAAGCUUCUUGUACAACGGGGUAGACUUGGAGAGCAUUCUGCGGCACAUUCCGGUAGUGCUCAAGAAGCUGUCCCAGCUGGAGCAUAUUGUGCGGGGCCUCCGCGGAUACCGGUUCUACGCUGCAAGCCUCCUAAUGUUUUAUGACGGUGAUAAUUCCAGCGAUGGCGGAUACGAGACCAUGUACGAUUCGACGACAGAUGCGGCGACGGAUACGGAGGAAUCGGCUCGAAGGAAGCGGAGGAAUCCUAGGGAAAUCGAUUUCAAGAUGGCCGACUUUGCAAACAGCCUGACGCCGUUCGUCAACCUCGACGACAAGCCUUGCCCGCCGCAGCAUCCAGACGAACCGGACGGUGGGUUUAUCAAGGGCCUGAGAAGCCUGCGGCGAUACUUUUUGCAGAUUCAGCGCGAGGUACGCAUGGAGCUUGACUUGGAUCCCCGCGGCGUCCGGGGCAGCCGCUCGCGAUUCUCGACACAUGGCGACGGCGCCGGCGAUCUGGAGGAUGAGUGGGACGAGGGACGGAAGAGCCUAUGA